AUGGGGUGGGCUGUGGUGAAGGAAACAGGUGAAGAAUUAGCUUCAGGAGCUCUGCCAGAGGUCUGCUCAGCUCAGCUGGUGGAACUAGUGGCCCUGAUAGAAGCACUGAACUACAGUAAAGGCAGACAAGCAAAUAUACAUCCAGACAACCGGUAUUUCUUCAAGGUGGUGAAUGACUAUUUGAUGGCAUGGGCACGACGAGGAUUUGAAUCCUCAACAGGGGCAGGUAUUCAGCACGGGCACUUAAUAUACCAACUGCUGGAAGCAGAGAGUCUGCCAGCAGAGGUGGCAGUAAUUAAGGUAAAAGCUUGCCAGAAAAGGAAGAGUAAGGAACAGAAAGGAAAUGAGCGGGCGGGCGUUUCUGUGAAGAAGGCAGCAGAGCAGCAAGAGCCAGUUCAAAUUGCAGGUAUACAGGAAGAAACGAUGGAAGCCAGUUUAGUAAAAUCAUAUUAA